ACUAUAAAAAAACACAACAAUAAAACAUUUAAAACACUCUUACAUCCCACACACACGCGCACACUUCUUCUCUCACGCCAACUGUUGCCCUUCCCUCUUCUUCGCAUGUUCUCGGAGCUCCGGCUCCAUUAACGGAGCCCCAGCUCACAGCUCACACCCUUUUCUUUUUCAAAAAACUAACAAAUUUAUAACUACUCUUUUUUCGCCUUCGUUUCUUUCUUUUUAUUUCAAACAUUUCUGGUCAUAUUUUCUCUUCAUUUCCAACUGCGUUCUCAGAUCUCGCAAACCGUCGAAGAUGGCCAAACCCUGGGGUGGUAUCGGCGCCUGGGCCGCCGACUCUGAGCGAGCCGAAGCGGAGGAGCUUGCGGAGGCUGCCCAAGCUGAGUCCCAGAGCUUCCCGAGCCUCAAGGAAGCUGUGAACACAAAGCCCAAGAAGAAGAAAAUGAGCCUCUCCGAGUUCAACAUGGGGGGCUCUUUCACCGCGUCCGGGCCCGCCGCCUCAAGUCGGGUCGGGCUCACUCCUGAAGAGAUGAUGCGCCUCCCUACCGGCCCCAAAGAGCGCUCUGCGGACGAAAUGCAGUACGGUCGCCUCGGCGGUGGGUUUUCCUCGUACGGCCGCUCCGGUUCGAAUCCGGGUCGGGGAAGGGACCGCGACGACGCGGAUGGGUCGUGGGGCGGUGGUGGCAGAAGAUCCUACGGUGGAUUCGAAGACGACCAAAGGGGUUCCUCUUCUAGGGUUUCGGAUUUCGAUCAACCGUCGAGGGCAGACGAGGUUGACAAUUGGGCAUUGACCAAGAAGUCUCUUCCUUCUGCAGAUUCAGGUCGGCAGAACCGGUAUGGCUCGCUCGGCGGUGGCGGUGUGGGUGUUGGCGGACCUUGGUCUAGGGCAGACGAGGUUGAUAACUGGGCUGUUGGGAAGAAGCCUGCUCCUGCAAGAUCAUCCACAUUUGGGUCUGGAUUUCGCGAUUCGGGGCCGGAGCCUGAUCGCUGGGCGAGAGGCGUACGCGAGGUGGACAGCGUUGAGAGAGAGCGACCCAGAUUGGUUUUGGAUCCUCCAAAAGGCGAGUUGAGCGUGAAUGAGUCAGUGCAGGUUGUGAAGACCAAUAAGCCCAGCCCGUUCGGGGCAGCUCGACCUAGAGAGGAGAUUUUGGCCGAGAAGGGGUUGGAUUGGAAGAAGUUGGACUCGGAAAUUGACGCCAAGAAGACGAGUCGGCCGACGAGUGCACACUCAAGCAGGCCUUCCAGUGCUCAGUCAAGCCAGUCUGAAGGUCCUGGGCUGCAUGGGAGUGAGAAUGCGGUGAAGCCGAGGCCCAAAGUGAACCCAUUUGGUGAUGCCAAGCCAAGGGAAGUUUUGCUGGAGGAGCGAGGUAAAGAUUGGCGGAAGAUUGAUCUCGAGUUGGAGCAUCUCAGCGUUGACAGGCCAACUUAUCGGCAUGUGUGGAGAGUGGUUUUUCUUGUACUAAAGAUGUGGAAAAGUUCAAGUGGCAGACCCGAAACAGAAGAGGAAAGGAAAUUAAAGGAAGAAAUUGAUCAUCUAAAGAAGGAACUUGAGAAAGCAUCUCCGGAUAAAACGAACAGCGAAACUGGGCAAGAGUCUGGUGGCGACCAGGCAAGCCUACAUGAUAUAGUACUUCAGAAGGAAAGGGAAUUGGAGACACUGAUCCACGAUUUGGAUGACAAAGUUCGCUUUGGUCAGAAGGCCAUCGAUAGACCUGGGUCUGGGGCAGGCAGGCCUGGGUCUGGAGCAGGCAGGCCUGGGUCUGGAGCAGGUAGGGCUGGUAGCUUUCUUGACAGGAUACCCUCUCAAUCUGGGUCAUUUGAAGAUUCUAGAAGUAUGGAAUUCAUCGAUAGGCCUCACUCACAUGGCAAAGGAGAUGCGUGGACAAGGCCUUUUGACGACAGAAGGUCAUUUCAAGGUGGCAGGGAAAGAGGAUUUCUGGGGAACAGAGACAUGGGCAGGGCAAGAUCAAGAGAAAGAUGGUGAGAAAGUGUGCUGUUUCUCUGGAUUCAUUGAAUUGCCUUCUACUUUUGACAACCAGAACCAAAUAAUAUUUUGCCUCACUCUUUUUGUUUUCUUCAUUUUGCUCUGGGAAAUGGAGCAAGCAUUAUUGAUUACCGGCACUGGGAACUCUUGCCUUGAUCUAUUGUUACAUCUUGAAACUAUGUAAAAUUGCAAAUUACUUUUCUUUUUCUUUCUUUCUUUCUUUUGUCUGUUUCAUAUGAAGGAGCCUUGUAUUGCUCUUAGGAUCCACUUUUACUGAACACUAUGGGACUCAUUAGUCUAUUUUUGUGACAAUUGUCUGGGUGUUAUACGGAUAA